AUGGCACAAGUAAUGAUGCCGAUGACACCAUUUGACCAAAAUGAAAAUGGUACCCCCCCUCGGCCUCUUAGCAGAAGAAAACAGCGCGCUGCAGCUGCAGCUGCCGCAGCCGCUGGCUUAUCCGAGGACCGCCGCCGCACGCUUACAGCUACCUAUAAUGGAGUCAGUGCAGGCGAAGCUCGCGAGAGACUUCUCCAAAAUCCUGUCAUGAACCUUGGUCCAGGUUGUACUCUGCCGCCGACAGAGGACAAGACCUACAACCUACUUACCUACUUCCGUGCUCCUGGACCGGAGCUUGUAAAUAAGAGUGUGCCAAGCUGUGGCCUUCCGUCAGGAUGGUCCGAUAAGCAUGAUCGCUGCAUCGCUUACUUGUCCACACACGCUAUGUUGGUCGAUGGCAAGGUCCCUAGACAAGAAAUGCAUCAGCCAAGAUAUACUACGCGAGAGAUCACGUCCUUCUUGCUCAAGCGUUUCCCGGAGCUCUGCCAUAAUCGCAUCAAGGAAAAGACAAUUGAGUUACGCCUUGAGCUCCUUGACCGCUCGGAAAACUCGUACUUCAGUGUUGCGUAUGGUGGCUACGCUGACCAUGAAUGGGCUCGUGGUAUUUAG